CCCCCGGCCCGGCCCCCCCCUCCAUCUCCCCGGAGCCGGUGUGCCCGCAUGAUCAUGCCCCUGUUUCCACGCCAGCUGUCCCCUCCCUGGAACAGCUGGGGCUCAUUUUAAUCGAGAAGCAGCUGCAGGAAAGGGGCCGGAGCGGGCGAGGAGGCUGGAUCAGCGUGGUCUCUCCACCUGCCAGCCGUCGGGACCCCCUCCGCAAGAAGCACCUCCUCACUCCCCACGCCCGCCUCGGCCUCCCCCAUGGCAGAUCCCACUUCUCAGACCUCAGCCCAGAGCCUCUUUGAGAACUUUCUGCAGGCUCAGUGCUGCCCGGAUGUGCUGAGUAGCUUCCAGGCCCUGUGUGGGCAGCUGGGGCUGGACCCUGGAGGGCAGCUGCCAGGCUACCAUAAGCUCAAAGCAAAGCUCAAUUUCUGGAGUGCCAAGAACCUCUUGGACAAGCUGGACAAGCGGGCAGGGCAGCCCGCCUACAGCCAGGGUCAAACCUGCACAAGUACCAAGUGCCUGGUGGUGGGUGCAGGGCCCUGUGGACUGAGGGCAGCCGUGGAGCUGGCACUGCUGGGGGCUCACGUGGUGCUGGUGGAGAAACGGCACGACUUCAGCCGUCACAACGUACUACACCUGUGGCCCUUCACCAUUCAUGACCUGCGGGCUCUGGGUGCCAAGUCAUUCUACAGACGCUUCUGCACUGGCACGUUGGACCACAUCAGCAUCCGACAGUUGCAGCUGCUCCUGCUGAAGGUGGCCCUCCUUCUGGGCGUUGAGCUGCACAUGGGCGUCAGGUUCAACGGCCUGCGCCCCCCAACCCACUCAGGGAGUGGCUGGAAGGCAGAAUUCCAGUCCGACGUCCCCAGCACGCUGGCCCGGUACGAGUUUGAUGUCCUCAUCUCAGCAGCUGGGGGCAAGUUCGUCCCUCAGGGUUUCACACGGCGGGAGACGCGGGGCAAGCUGGCCAUCGGCAUCACGGCCAACUUCGUGAACAGGCGCACGGCUGAAGAGACGCGGGUUCCCGAGAUCAGCGGCGUCGCCCAGAUCUACAAUCAGAACUUCUUCCGGAACCUACUCCAGGACACCGGCAUUGAGCUGGAGAACAUCGUGUACUACAAGGAUGACACCCAUUACUUCGUGAUGACGGCCAAGAAGCAGAGCCUGCUGCGACGGGGGGUUCUGCGCCAGGACUGGCCCGAGACCGAGAAGCUGCUGGAUGCGGCCAACUUGGUCCCCGAGGCCCUGCGCCGUUUUGCCCUUGACGCCGCCACCUUUGCCACCGAAAACCAGCUGGGAGAGCUGGAGUUCGCCCUCGACGGCCGCGGCCUUCCGGACGUCGCCGCCUUCGACUUCACGGGCAUGAUGCGGGCAGAGAGCGCCGCCCGUGUGCAGGAGCGGCACGGGGUCCGCCUGCUGCUGGGGCUGGUGGGGGACUGCCUGGUGGAGCCUUUCUGGCCCCUAGGCACAGGCGUGGCCCGAGGAUUCCUGGCAGCCAUGGAUGCGGCUUGGAUGGUGAAACGCUGGGCCAGUGGCGCCGGGCCCCUGGAAGUGCUGGCUGAGCGGGAGAGCGUGUACCAGCUCCUAUCGCAGACGUCGCCGGAUAACAUGCACCGGACCGUGGCCCAGUACAGCUUGGAUCCCGUCUCCCGCUACCCUUCCCUGAAUCCCCGGGCCGUGGCACCCCACCAGGUGCGGCAUCUAUAUGACAUGGGGCAGGAGGAGCUGGAGCCGAGUGGGGGUGACGUGCCCGAUUCCAGAGAGCCCCCCGACCAGGGGCUGGCAGUCACCCCGAAGGAGCUGCUGCGCUGGUGCCAGGAGCAGACGGCCGGAUACCCGGGAGUGCAGGUCACCGACCUCUCGUCGUCCUGGGCUGACGGGCGGGCCCUGGCAGCCCUGGUACACCGAAUGCGGCCGGACCUGCUGGACUUCUCGGCUCUGGAGGGGCACCCGGCCCUGGAGACCACGGCGCGGGUGCUCCAGCUGGCAGAGCAGGAGCUGGGUAUCGCGCCCGUCCUGACUGCGUCAGAGCUGGUGGCUAUGACGGAUCAGCUAGGCCUUGUGGCCUACCUGAGCCACUUCUAUAUGGCUUUCAGCAGGGCCACCCGUCCCCCAGGCCCAGCCCAAAGCGCCGUCUCCCCCAGGAUCCCCAGUGCCAUCCUGUUCCUCAGCAAACUGCAGAGGACGCUGCAGAGGAACCGCUCCCAGGGGAAGGAAGAGGAUGGAGGUGGCAAGAAACCUCGGUUAGAGGCUCCUGCAGCCAGCCCCACCAGUCUGCCCACCGGUUUGAGUGCCGCUGCCCUCCCCACCGAGCCUGAGCCUGGGUGUCUUCCCACCCUGGAGCCGGCCCUGCCGGAGCCCCCAGGUCACCCGGCCGCGGCCGACCGUGAGCCUGGGGAAGGAGCACUGUGCUCCUUGUGCGGGGGGCACCUGUACAUCCUGGAGCAGCUCCGAGCCGACGGCCGCUUCUUCCACAGCAACUGCUUUCGCUGCCACUUCUGUGAGGCCAAGCUGAGGCCUGGCAACUACGGCCAGGACCCCCGGGACGGCCACUUCUACUGCUCCUUGCACCUUCCUCCGGCCGGCAGUGAUGUCCCCACUGGGGAGCAGGAGCCCCCUGAGGAGGGGGAGACGACGGAGUCCCUAGCCCCAGCUUCGCCACCCGCAGAGGCGGGCGAUGUCCCCGACGGCCCGGUUUGCCCCCCACUCCGGCGGAUCAGACUCUCCAGCCUCGAGCGCAGGCAGCUCUCCUCACUGAACUUUGGCCCCAAGUCGCAGAAUGACAUCCCCGCGGCCCCGUGCCCCGGGGUCCCGCCCCCCAAGCCUCCCCGCAGCAUCGUGGUCGAAUCCCGCCACGCUCUGGAGCGCAGCUUUGGGGGCUGGGGGGUGCCCAGCCUGGGAAUGCCCGGCUUGGGUCUGCCAGGGCAAGAGGAUGACAAGGACCACGAGGAGGAGGAGGAGGAGGAAGAAGAGGAGGAGGAGGAGGAUCUCUGUGGGGAUGUGGAGCAGGGCCUGUUGACCGCGGCUGGGAGUUCAGACCCACAGAGGCGGUACCCCACUUGGCAGCGGACACUGAUUCGUAGGGCCCUGGAGGAGCAGAGGAAGAGGUUCUCCCAAGCUCAGGCCAUCCAGAGGCGCCUGGAUGAGAUAGAAAAUACCGUGCGGGAGUUGGAGGCGAAAGGUGUGAUGCAGGAGUUGGCACUGAGGAAGCAGGAGUUGCCAAACUCCUCGGAGGCACAGAAGAUGCCGGGGGUGGAGGAGCUGUUGCACCUGGUGCAGAGAAAGAACAAGCUGUUGGCAGAAGAGGCAGACCUCAUGAUCACGGUGAAGGAGCUGCGCCUGGAAGAGGAGCAGUGCCAGCUGGACCAGGAGCUGCGAAUCCACAUGAAGCGAGAAGAGGCCCUCAAGACGGACGCUGAGCGACAGGCGGAGAAGCAGAUACUGCAGCGGCUGCUGGACGUGGUGAACCAGCGCAACGCCCUGAUCUGUUUCCGGGAGGAGUGCCGGCUGAGCGAGCUGCCCCCGGCGGGGGCCGGGGGCCGGAGCUAGGCCUUCCUCGUCCGGAGCCUCGGCCCCUGGAACCAUUUCCACCCGGGGUCGGCGUGGCGUCUACAAUAAA